GGCGCCCAACGUGGGGCCCUAGCAAGAACGUAAAACUUUUACUUCUUGCGUAAGCACGACUAACACCUAGUGCACAACAAUCCCCAAUCGAAACUCGAAGUUAUACCAUAUCAAUUACUACCUAUUAUUUUUUAAUUACCCUGUUAGGCCCCUUUCUCGGGAAAAUACGUUGUGUUCAGACAGUAGUUAGUUGUAGGAAUUUGCGAUUGUAAUUCAGGCAUUGCUGGAUUAGUCGACCACAAUUAAUUACUAGUACUUUAAGCAGCGGGUAAGAUCGGAAAAGAGGGAAUAAUAAUCAAAUUUGGGUUAAUUGUUUCAAGGACUAUUUGGAAUUACAACAAACUGGAAAUAUUUCGGAUGUUGUCUAGUAGUCCAUGAGCAGUAAAAAUCCAAAUCAGAAAUAGACUCCAGUAAAAUAAAUAGCACAAAUUCAACUACUCAGGUUUGCUUAAGGAUUGUAAGCAAUAACGUGUGGGAAAAAGACAGAUAGAAUAAAUAACCAAGACUUAAUAAUACAAGUCCUAUUUAGUUUUCCUUUUGUUGUUUGGAAACAAGCAAAAGUUUGCAUUCAUUAUGGCAGUGAGACGAAGCACAGAGAGCAUAGUUGCAGCGAUUAACGCGCAAGAUCCAUUUUGUGGCAUUUGCCAUGAGCAAUUGCAAGCAGAACAGCUAUCUGCGACUACUCCUUGUCAACACCGUUUUCACGACGUUUGCAUAAGCAAUACACUAAAGACAACCCCAAAAUGUCCAGUAUGUGAGGCAGAUUGCAACCCAGGGCAACUAAUAUUUAUGAACAAUACACUGGCAGCGGAGUUACACUCAGCUGGUAAUGCUGAAACAGACGAAACUCUAUCGCGAAAUACUCUACCUUGCCAAGAUGGUUCGACUACUACAGGUAUCAGGAGAGGUCAGCGAUUCGGAAAAGGGCGAGGAGCCACGCCCAAGCGAAGUAUGCAAACUAGGUCUAUGAAUCGAAAUCAUAGAGAAUAUUUAGGUAGUUGCAUGUCUUUAGGCAGCAACGGAAAUAAGUCAGUGGACAAUGGUCCAAAUGUAGAGACAAUUACCUAUAUCAACGAAGCUCUACAAUCUCAGCAAAGGACUUUAAUAGCAGAACUCAAAAACGUUAUUAAAGCUUCUGUUGAACAAUCACUGCAAGAGAAGUUAGCAACAUUAAAUGUACGAAGUGAGCAAGCUGAAUCAACACGCUCUAGAUUAGUUCAGUCUCCAAGGGGAUUAGGUGCUGAUACUCUCCCUAAUAGUGCCCAGAACUCUGACAUACCCCUUGACUGCGGACCAUACAGCCCCAGAGGUAGCAAUCGAUCAAACUCAAGUUUGAGUUCAGAAAAAGCAGCUAGCAUUAUGCAAACCUGGCGACUUAAAUUUGACGGUUCGAAAGACUCUAUGCAGAUAGAUGAAUUCUUGUAUCGAAUUCGUUCAUUAACGGCUCAAAAUUUGAACGGCGACUAUAGGCUGCUUUGUGACAAUCUUCAUUUACUUUUCUUCGGGAAAGCCAAUGAUUGGUUUUGGAGCUUCCACAAGAAAAACCCACAGUAUACCUGGUUGGCUUUCUGUACGGAUUUCCGACUUAGAUUCGAGGACGUUAAAGACGACUUUGACUUGUGGGAACUAAUUAGGAAAAGACGCCAGAAAGAUCAGGAGACAUUUGAUGAUUUUCAAUCAGCGAUUGAAGGCCUGGUUAGCCAAUUAUCUAACGAAAUAAGCGAAGACAAGCUUGUUGACCUAUUAAAACGCAAUGCGAGAACAGCGCUCAGGUACGAACUAUUGCAUUUGAAGAUUAGAACUCGAGCAGAAUUAAGAGAGGAAGUUAAGAAACAUGAAAGUUUCUGUAGAGAAACUGGCUCGUUUCCCAAUCGAACCAAAUACGGUAGAGAAAUACAGAACAAGAAAAUAGUGUGCUGGAAUUGCGAUAAAGUGGGACACCGAUUCGAUGACUGCAUGGGAGAAAGGCGUAUAUUCUGCUACGGUUGCGGUGCUAAAAAUACUUUUAAACCCAAUUGUAGCAAAUGCAAUCUUUUGGGAAACCGGAAGCGGGAUGCGCAGACCAACACCAGUUUGACGCAUCCCACAAAAGAAUAAAGUCCUUGCCAGAAAUACAGUCAUAUGGUAGUUUGGAGCAAUCAACUCCAAAUACUAUAUUUACAACUUAUAUGGCAAAUACAUGUUCAGUCGCCGA